GUCAGAACUUUUUAUUUUUUACCUUUUUAUAUUAUAAUGUUUUGUUCAUUCACUUAGGAGAUGGAUAGUUUGUGAUUAUCAACAUGUUUCCUCCGAAAUACUCCGAUUUGGGGGUUAGAAUGGUAGGAUGUGGAAGAUUUUGAAAGCCUUCCACUUUCCUUCCCUUCCCCCCUAUUUUCUUUAACCAAACACACACAAUCAAAUGACACAAGCUUAAACAAAGUAUGGCCCAAGAGAUCACAUUUAAUUUAAGUAGACAAAAACAAGAUGAAGGGAGACUUUAAACAAAGUAAUAUAGCCCAAAUAAAGGAAACCAAUCAAAUAAAAAAUAUUGAUCCGAUACAGCCAAAGGACAGAAGCUUUCUAAUUUCAGAAAAUUACCAAAUCCUUCUACGAGCUAUUAGAUUUUCUCGGCCGUAUUAGUUAACAUCCUAAAUGAAUUGAAACUUGGCUUUCCUUUUUAAUACAGACUACGUAAUUCUUUCAUACGGAGUACAUUGGUAUAAAUAUACGGUAGAUUGUCGGGCAGAUGAUACAAUUAAUCAAUAAUCAACCUCAUCUCUCACAGCCAUGGAGGAUUUCGAGUGCCACAAACACUCAAUGCGAGCACGGUACGCGUUCGAGACCCCAUGGCCGCGCCACAAAUCGCGAUCACCGAACCCCAACCACCUCCGGUUCGAUUUUGGCUGGAAGACGAUGCACCACUAUUACAGCUUCCCGGAGGACGGAUCGCCGCCGCGGCCCGUCCACACCGUCACCGAUCCCUGGGAUGCCGUCUCCUACGACAUUGACCGCCGCGGCUUCGCGACGGACGACGAGUACUCGCGACGGGCGGUGAUCCGCCUGCUCCAGCACAGUAAGUCGUGGGAGGACGAGAACUUAGUCAACUGGAUCGUCUGGAGGGCGCGUCAGAUUCUCGCGGCGAACGAGUGGUGCGGGGGGGUGGUGCUCCGGAUGAUAGCGCAACGGGUCCACGCGUGCUACGAGAGCGUAUUGGUCCGCGGCGUAUUGGGCCGGUCGUUCGAGGAGGCGAAUGUGGGGAUGCGGCCCGCUAGCCAGUGGGCUAUUGAUUCGUUGGAGAGAGUCUGUUUUGGGGAGGACGAGGAGGAGGAGCAGGAUUAUGGCGGCGGUGGGAAAUUCCAAUGUUCGGUGUGUAUGGAAGAUGAAGAUCUGCGGUGGGCGUGCAGAGAAAAAGGGGUGCUUAAGAUGCCCUGUUCUCAUCUGUUUCAUGGAGAUUGCAUCAUUCCGUGGCUAAACAACAGCCAUUACUGCCCCCUUUGCCGCUUUGAGAUGCCGGUCCAGAAUAUAUAUUAUACUCAUAAUUUACAAUAUCAUCAUUAGUUUUAUUACAACUUUUAUUAUACGGAGUAGAUAUGUUUUUCCUUUUAUUAUAACUUUUAUAAUAAAAGAUUCAUUAGUUUUAU